AUGGCAUUCCUGUUUCGACGUCGAAAUGCGACCAGGAUUAUCACUGUCGCUUCCCUUGUGCUGCUCGCCAAGGUCAUCUUCACUUCGCCCCCUCCUGCGCAGACCCAAGAAAUACAGGAGCAGAACGUACUUGACUUGGUAUCCCGCUCCGACAAUGUUCUCGACGUCCGUAGACACAAGUUUCUUCAGACGCGCAUGGGAAGGGACGAGGGUCAGGACAUAUUCUCCGACAUUGUGAUGAAUGGUGUGGACGAUUAUUGGGAACGAUUUCAAAAGCCUUACAUAAUAGGCAAAGAAACCGCCCACAUGGAUGCUCAAGGUGUCAUGACGUCGAUUGAACAGCUAUUCUCGCUCAACGGCUGGGUCGCUGCCCUGUGUCCGACGCUUACUCGACCAUUCGAUCAGAACAAGCACGAAGACGCCUACGACGACAUCAUAUCCAAAAAUCACCUUUACUACGUUGCCAUUAUAAUUCAUUCCGCGGACCACUUCCUCGUAGACCAGCUCGCAGUUAUCGUGCAACUUGCUAAGCGAUUUGGUCCCUCAAACCUUUUCGUCUCCAUGCUUGAUUACGACUCCACGGACAGUACUGCGACAUUAACCGACUUGAGCGAGGCAGUCCUUACGCUCCUCGGCGUCCCAUUCAGGAUCAGAAGAGUCCCUGGUAUGACGGAGGACCCACUCAUGGCUUAUUAUCCACUAGAGGAGGCACACACCCGUAAUCUCGCCCUAGAGCCUCUGAAAGAGCUUUGGUUAAAGCGGAAAAUCAAGUUCCACAGGGUAAUAUGGCUCAAAGGUUUCACGUGUCCAAACGAUAUUCUCGAGACGCUCAAAGUGAGCGAGGUAAAUGAGGCGGCUAUGGUAUGCGGGAUGGACUGGGCAGAGCAUAACGGCUUCUUCAUUUUCUCGGAUCGCUGGCGAACGCGAGAUAUCAACGGCGACCAAUUUCGUCAGUCGAAGUCUUCUUCAAAGCCAGACGCUGUCCCUCCUCGAGAUGCCGCUGGCGCUCAGCGCUAUUCCCAACAUCUGCCCUUCCAGGUAUUCUGUUGCGAAUCUGGUACACACGUCGUCGAUCCCGCCCAAUCUUAUUACGAAGGCAUCUCGUAUCGCGCGGGAUCUGAUUUCCACAAUACGACCUCCAAAGAAAGCGCAAAGGAGCGAGACCCAGAUGCGCCAUGUCUAGACAGUAGUCAGGCCUGGUUUUGUAGGGAUUUAUGGGCAUCGAAGGCGAGGGCUGGUAUGAAGGACAUGAGCAGAGAUGAACCUGAUGGGAUAAGGGUCGGAAAACGUGCUGCUGAGGAUGUAGUGGAGGUUGACGAGGCGGCCGACGCCGGAAAGGAGGGCAUCGGCCAUAGGCAAGUUGCCGAGGAGGCGGAUGCAGAUGCAAACGCAGGAUCAGACUACGAUGCCAUGCCAGACUCCGACGUUCCUCUUGAGGACGCACUUCCACCGCCCAGGUUCAGCAUAGCCAAUUCCUUAUUUCCACCAGCGAGGAUUCUCGUCAAUCCGCGGUGCGUGACGACGUACGCCGGUGUCAGCCACACGCAACUUGCUCUCGACUUAUUUGGGGGGCCGGAGAGAGAAGCUAGGGUUAACGAAGGAGUGAGGAAGUAUCAAUUAGAGGAUUGGGAGGGUGCACCCGAAAGUUUUGUAUGCCAAGAACAAAGGCAAACUGGAGGGAGGAAAGCAACUAAAACCCAGAGACGUUUGGGGUUCUCAAUUCAUGAGGAACUUGAGAGAGAACCAUGA